ACCUUUAUUAGAUAACAGGAAAUGAUUGGAAAUGAGUAUAAGAACAGUGAAUUCACAAUUAAGCAAAUCAUUCACUUCUCAGUAAACGAAAGCACCAUGGAUUAUAAGCGUUUUGUGCAGUUAGCUUUAUCUUUAGUUAUUUACUCUUUUUGUUUUGCAAUCGUAUCUGCAGAAGAUUGCCCUGCUGACGAAGACAAGGAUUGGUCUUAUGAUUUAAGCUUACCUAACGGUCCACUGCAUUGGGGCGAUAAGUAUCCUAAUUGUAGUGGAAAUUCUCAAUCUCCGGUUAACAUAAUAACGAGAGACACUGUGAGCAGUGGAGAGCGUCAGAGACUGCAACUUCAUGGCUAUGAUGAACCCAUAGGCAGAGUCAUGAUUAUGAACAAUGGUCACAUGAGUAAGUUUUUUGUUUUUGUUUUGACUCUAUGAAAAAUAUGCUGAUUU